AUGUCCGAUCACAGUAUUACGACCCAUGCUACGGCGUCCGCAGGAACUGACGCGCUCCGCAACCCUGGUCCAGUGGUGCGGGCGAAUAAUAUGCGAGCUGAACUACUCAAUUGGGGACGGACUCUCGGUAUUGAAUGCUGGAAUGUACGAACGUUCCUGGACCCCGGUACCCAAAGUCUGACCACGCGCAGCCUUGAUCCGUACAACGUGGAUGUCUGUUUUCUGUCUGAAGUUCGACUUCCUGACUCAGGCUCCCGCGAAAUAAAGAUCCCCGGAGUCGAAUCACACUUUACUCUGUACCACAGCGGCUCUAGCGACUCUUCUGGUCGACACGCUGUGGCGGUUGCCCUAUCGCAACAAGCGGACCCCGCACUACUUGCUUACGAACCAGUGAACGACCGAAUGGCCUACGUGCGACUGAAGGGUCACUUCACGAACAUCUCUAUCGUCUCGUUGUACGCACCAACUUCGGCUGCCGAACACCGCAAUAAAGAGGCGUUUUACUCGCAGUUGCAAGCGUUAGUUGAACAGCUCCCUUACCGCGAUCUGCUGAUUGUCGCCGAGGAUUGGAAUGGUUGA